AUGGGCGUCGUGACCACCCGCAUCUUCGUCAGCACGCCAUACCAGAAGAAAGGUAUCCAAUUCUUCAUGCACCUGUCGGCCACACCAGACAUGCCGAAGAUGACACCACUUCCCUUCGUCGGUCUCCCUGCCACGGAAGACACUAAUGCUGCGGAGGUCGAUCACUACGGAUCGCUUGGAACCACAACCACAGAUGUUCUACCAGACACGGACCAUCCACAUCUGCAAGUCAGCACCACCUACUACGAGCCCUCGACGAAGCUUCACCCCUACUUCAAGGGCAAGGACGUCGAGCGACCAGACCCCUGUCAGGCCGGUCAACUCACCGUGCUCGAUGUGGAUGCCGCGAAGGAGAACUGGGACGCCGCCCUGCUAAAGGAGUACACCAACAAGCUGGGCUUGCACGUCAUCCCGACCGCUGGGAAGGACGCCCACCAACCCCAUCAUCGCUGGCCGAUCCCCGAGCAAGUAAUGACUCGCUUGGGCUGCCCAAUCACCACACAGUCAUCAUACACACUCGAAGGCGGCCCCGAAAGCCCGCGUCUGGCUUCUGGACUGCCAGGCGAUUCACCGUUGAUACAGAAUGGAGUUGUGAUCCAUCAGGGCGCCCUAUUCACUCACGACGCAACAGAAGCUCUGCUAUUCCCACCAGAUCUGCAGGCUGCGGUGCGCAAUUUGGACUUGGGCUCCGAGAAGCCGCAGCUGAGCGUCGCUGCGAUGACCUUUGUGAUAGAGGACUCGCUAUCUCGGCGGUGGGAGCAAAUCCAAUUGUAUCCGCUCAGUACCAUGGUUCAACUUGUUUCUUUUGAAGCCAUUGAAAAUCAUACCACAUCCAAAAUCUCUUGA